AUGUCUACCCUCUCAGCCCUCCAUGGGGUUCGUUCAGUUCUUGUGUCAAAUCUUUUCGUGAAGCUCCCCGUCCCAAAAUCUUCAGAGCUGUCAAAUCACACGAUUAUUGUGACUGGCGCCAACACCGGCCUUGGAUUCGAAGCCAGCGCUCACUUAUCACGACUGGGGGUGGGAAAGUUGAUUAUGGCAGUGCGCACUCCAGCCAAAGGCGACGAGGCAAGGAAAAAGCUUCUCAAAUUGACCGGUCAACCAGACUCGUCUAUUGAAGUCUGGCCCAUCGACAUGGACAGCUACGAUUCCAUCAAGACUUUCGCGGCUCGUGCCUCUCAGCUUCCACGCCUUGAUGGCGUGUUAGCCAAUGCUGGAAUCAUGACUGAGCAUUUCAGUCUGAGUGAAGGCAACGAAAAGACUCUGAAUGUCAACGUCAUCAGUACCUUCUUGUUGUAUCUGCUGCUCCUACCGAAGAUGCGCGAAUCCGUGCAGCAGACAGGAUAUGCCUGCCGCUUUGUGAUCCCUAACAGCGCGUUACAUUACAUAGUCCCGCUAGCAGAGCUCGAACCUACCAACCCAAGCAUCAUCGGCCGGCUAAACGAUCCUGAGAAAGCCAAUAUGGGUGGUCGAUACCCUCUGAGCAAGUUGCUCGUCAUCUACGCAGUGCGCGAGUUCGCCGAGCGGUCCAGCGCUUCUGGAAAGGGAUUAUGCAUCAUCAACACGCCGAACCCCAGCUUCUGCAAGUCGAACCUGGCACGCGAGGCCCAAGGAAGCCGCGGCUUUAGAGUUGCGGAGAAGCUCUUAGCCCGCUCCACUGAAGAAGGCAGUCGCGUUCUGGUUCAUGGGUUGUUGGCAGGUCCAGAAACCAAUGGCCAGUAUCUGUCCGACUGCCAUGUCGAGACUCCUGCGCGCCACGUCACUAGAGAUUGGGGUAAACAGGUACAGAAGAAGUUUUUCAACGAGCUUCUCAAGCAGCUGGAAAUGAUCCAACCAGGCAUCUCGUCGAACAUCUGAUUUCUCUUAAUAACAAUGACACCAUAUCCGACAUGGGAUAUCUUUUGCAAGGGUGAUAUACAGAGCGUAUAUUGCAGGCAAAAGUGUGCUCAUUGCGUUAGAUGCGCUUUUCUAUGUAUACAAUCAUUCGUUGAACGAGAUAAAAUAACUUAAUACACCUUUAACAGAGUCAGAGGUAGCCCAUAGCC